ACGAGAAUUCAUCCAAAGAGACGAGCUAAUGACUUGGAGCACUUCAGCGAGAUACAAGCCUAUCUAGCCUCGGCGGAAUUUGUCCGACGGCGCGUUUACGACGUCGUCGAUGCUACGCGCACCUUAACGUCUUUGACGUUCCUCGCGGCCGGCGCCACGAUGGGAUCCUAGCAGAACGAAGGGCGUUGCCGUUGCUGACAUUCAGCUACGCCCAUGUCCAUCGCCAGUAACGAACCACAUUGCUUGACGCCGGACAUUGUAAUUGCUGGACAGGAGUCAUGUGCCGUCCACGUUCGCCUGCCUGGUACUUGUACAUAUUCCUGGACUAUGUUCUGGCAACCACGGUCGUCACUCCACUGGUGGUCCUGUACUGGCGCUGCAUCUGGAUGCUCGAAGACACGUACAUGCUGCCACAAUACCCUCUCGUCAGUGGCUGGGUCUCAGUGGCUGUGGGGUUCCUGAUAGUGUUCUGGUGUCAGCUCAUGCAGGAAGUCCUCGACGGAGUUGGGCGCAAGAAUUAUGGUCUCUUUAUGCUGGUUUCGAGGAUAUACUCUAUGGUAAUGGGCGUGGGAGUAGUCACCCAAUGGCGUGGCCUCUGGGCUCUUGAAGAUCUGUACUUCGACAUCACGGUCCAGUCAGCGCUGUGGACUCUCGUCGUCGCGUCUGCGGCGAUCACUCUAGCCGGAGGACUGAGCACCGUCGGUAACGCCGUGCCCUUCGUCUUCCUGCCAGACUAUCCAGACACGUACUUUCUUUCCCCGUCCAGGUUCGGCACAAAGUCAAUGCAGUCCCUCUGCCGUUACUUCUGGGACAGUGCCUUCACGAUCUUCGUAAUACAAGCCCUGGCCAUCAGCUGCUGGCGCGGGUUAUGGACUCUUCUGGACUUCACAAUUUAUCCUAACAACCCUCGCUUGUCUGCAGUGGUGUCUUUGGAGUCCGGGGGACUCGCUACUCUUCUGCUCUUAGUGUCGCAACCAAUAGCCAGAGCCAUAGCACGUCAGUUAGGCACAAUCUGGCGUCGAGUCUUCGAGGGCGCUUGGAACAUCGCAGUUGCCUACGCAGCAGUGUCCGUCUGGAGGGGGAUAUGGAUGUUAAUCGACGAAUAUUUUCUGGAAGAUGUCACAUGCUUCGCUAUCGGGGCCUUGGUGAGCGUCUGUGCACUGCAGACGUUGUAUACAGGAAACAGUGUUCAUACCAAGGGCAUAGUUGUUGACGGACAGACAGACGACGAUUCGGAUAUUAUGUUCCCCAUAAACUUUUUCCACUCCUUUAUGCCUACGGAAUCUUACGUAACAGCGAAGCUGAAAGAAGAUCCCGAAAAAGAAGCACCCACUUUGGUUUAGGUACAUGUACGGUAUUUUUCUGGUAUAUAACGCGCGCGUUAUAUACAUUAUAAAAAGUGACUCGAAGAGGCAACGCGCGUUAUCAUUUUCUGGAUGAGCAGUUCCAAAGGAGAGGCCCUGCAGCGUGAGGCCUUGGUCCUGCCUAGAGUCACUAAAUAGGGAGAAGAGUAGCGACACUGAGACACGCCGGCGAACGAGAUCGCCAUCUUGUGUCCGGCGCGGCUGCGUCGCCUAGCAACGGGACGCCCAUCUCCCCUUUCUCCGCCGGAGAACUCCGCUCGGAGUCAAGCCAGCUCGCAACCGACGAAACCGGUUUUGGAUGGAGGGGACUCAACAUAGACGGCGGGUUCUUGGAAGGAGAAACCACGUGACACGAUCGGCCCAAUCGAGGACACCGAACGGCGGCUCCGCGGAAAAGGAAUGACUCUAGUCCUGCAAUUAGUGACUCUAGCUCUGCCCACCGUGGUCAUGCCGUCGUAUUGUAUGUGUGCUAGUAUAAAAAAGUAUUCAUACUUGACCCACGGGCUUUCAUGCCUGUGGGCACUUAUGGUGCGCGUUAUACGCCACAAAAUGUUGGACAAUGUGUUCCGGUACCAAGUCAUUUUGUAUUCAAUCAUCUCCAUUACACUUGCAACUUUUUUUUUUUUUUUUUGCAGGGAAGUAUGAGACGAGGUAGCAAUGCACAUAAGUGUGCAGUUACGAGCUACCCCAUGAAAAUAGGCUGUCAUACACAAUACUUGUAUUAAACGGGAAUGAAUGAAUGAAUGACAGUGGGAGCCGUGAAGAAAAGUCUCAGUAACGACUUGUCGGGCUCACAGCUCCCGUACAAAAUGCCAUUGGGUAAGCACCACAAAAAGCAUCCGUGGAAGGUAAACUAAAUGCGUGCAAUAUGAAUAUCUUUCUUUGACACUGUUAAUGAAUCAAUAGAGGAUUCUUUCAAGAUACAUGGUAAUAUGUAGCAACACUCUGUUCACCAUAUAUAUCUGGUUCUACAGCGGCGGAUAUGCCAAAAGCUCUGGGCGCGAUGAUUAUAAGGGUAUCUAUGCUAUUUGAAGUCAGACAGUGAUAAGAUAUUAGUUCAGGACUUUUUAUGAGCAGUACGGUAGUAACACAAAAGUUUAUAUCGAUACAGGUUAUGAAUAUUAAUCAACGAGUACCGUUCAAACAAACCAGUUGUGGUGUGGUUAUAUGGCAGACAAUCCAAAAUUCGAAGGAAUUCCUGCAAUUGCAAUUGAAUUGCAACACAAGCAACUUAUCUAGGUUAGACAUUAUGGUUGUACCCCAUACCAAGAAACAAUAGUUAAAAUGUGAGUACAUCAAUGAGUUGAAAGAAGCAAGGAUUCACGAUUACUUGGAAUGUACAUCAUUAACGUAUAAUGGCCAAGAAAGUGUAGAUAACGCGUCCUGGAGCAGCCAGUCCCGAGACUAACAUCUCAAUUUUUUUCUUUUAAAAAUCAAUCAAUCAAAGUGUAGAGGAAAAAGUUACGCCGAGAGUUUUGGCAUUUUCUGCUAUGUCGACAACUGUAUUAUCUAUUACAAGAUUCACUGAGGGCUGAACUUGUCUAUUUUUUUGCGUUGAAGAAAACCGCCUUAGAUUUACUGGCGUGUGUGAUUUGGGAGUGUGUGACCACCUGCGUGGCUUUAAACCAGAAAAUCAACAGCUCUUUGCUCAGGGGUAUUAGUGAAUGUCAUGGUAGGGAUGCAGGUAUCACACAUCGUAGUGUCAUAGUACAUUAUAAUCUGACUAAUAUACUGCGUAACAUACCUUCAUGGACACAUGCACGUUUGUACACGUGGAUACAAAAGCCAUUUUCCCACAUAGCCCUUUCGUACAGCCACAUGCGAACGCCUGAGUUGUGUGAACAACUUCACUCAUUUAAUCAUGAACUGAAUGAAAUCGUGAAAUAUACGCUGUUUUUCUCUCUC